AACCCUUUCCCACCGCCGAGUAGAGCAACCCUCCGAAGCGGAAACCAUGAUCGCCGCCGGGGUCGUCGACAUUUUGUCGAGGCCUCGGUUCGUCCCUUGCCGGCGGACGCCGAGGAAGAAGGACUUGCACGGACAUGCUUUCGAGUUGGUUGGGAUAUCCGGCCAAUCACACAGGAUAGCAAUGAGGGUGUUCAAUGUUUAUCUUAUUGCUCUGAAGACGGUAACAAUCAGUAUGGGCAACUAUCAAAAUGUAUCAUCAAUGCCAAAAAGGAGUCAUUGUUUCCAAACUAUGGUUUGCGAUAUAGUUAGGCCUAAUAUGCACACAAUAAUAUCUGGCUAUUGGGAGGGUCCUGAUACUGAAGAUGGGUGGGGUUAUAUUGAGGCUGUUGUGUUUAGAAGUCCUUGAUCAUUUGCUUUUCUCACUUGUACUUUGUUUUCUGAAUUCAAUGUAUUGCAAUUUUGUUUGUGCUAUAAAUCAAUUCCAAUUUUUCAAA